UAUAAAGUUGUUGUUGCGGCUUCCGCCGCGGGUGGAGGAAGAUGGCGUCGGGUGGUGGUGGUUGUAGCGCUUCGGAGAGAUUCCCUCCACCUUUUCCUGGCUUGGAGCCGGAGUCCGAGGGGGCGGCCGGGGGGUCAGAACCCGAGGCUGGGGACAGCGACACCGAGGGGGAGGAUAUUUUCACCGGCGCUGCUGCGGCCAGUAAGCCCCAGUCUCCAAAGAGAGUUGCUUCCCUUCCCAUCAACAAUGGCUCCAAAGAAAAUGGGAUCCAUGAGGAACAAGACCAAGAACCACAGGAUCUCUUUGCAGAUGCCACAGUGGAGCUCUCCCUGGACAGUACACAAAAUAAUCAGAAGAAGGUGCCAGCCAAAACGCUGAUUUCUCUUCCUCCACAGGAAGCCACAAAUUCUUCUAAGCCCCAGACAAGCUAUGAGGAGCUAGAGGAAGAAGAACAGGAAGACCAAUUUGAUUUGACAGUUGGUAUAACUGAUCCUGAGAAGAUAGGGGAUGGUAUGAAUGCCUAUGUAGCCUACAAAGUUACAACACAGACGAGCCUACCAAUGUUCAGGAGUAAACAGUUUGCGGUGAAAAGAAGAUUUAGUGACUUUCUGGGUCUUUACGAGAAGCUUUCGGAGAAACAUUCUCAGAAUGGCUUUAUUGUCCCUCCUCCACCCGAGAAAAGCCUAAUAGGAAUGACAAAAGUAAAAGUUGGGAAGGAAGAUUCCUCUUCUGCAGAAUUUCUUGAAAAACGGAGGGCCGCUCUAGAAAGGUACCUUCAGAGGAUUGUGAAUCAUCCUACCAUGUUACAGGAUCCUGAUGUCAGGGAGUUCUUAGAAAAAGAAGAGCUGCCACGCGCCGUGGGUACCCAGACAUUGAGUGGCGCUGGUCUCCUCAAGAUGUUCAACAAAGCCACGGACGCAGUCAGCAAAAUGACCAUCAAGAUGAAUGAAUCAGACAUUUGGUUUGAGGAGAAGCUCCAAGAAGUAGAGUGUGAAGAGCAGCGCUUACGGAAGCUGCAUGCUGUUGUAGAAACUCUGGUGAACCAUAGAAAAGAGCUCGCACUGAACACAGCCCAGUUUGCAAAGAGUCUAGCCAUGCUUGGGAGCUCUGAGGACAACACAGCACUGUCACGGGCACUCUCCCAGCUGGCUGAGGUGGAAGAAAAAAUUGAGCAGCUUCACCAGGAACAGGCCAACAAUGACUUCUUCCUUCUUGCUGAGCUCCUGAGUGACUACAUUCGUCUCCUGGCCAUAGUCCGUGCUGCCUUCGACCAGCGUAUGAAGACGUGGCAGCGCUGGCAGGAUGCUCAGGCGACGCUGCAGAAGAAGCGGGAGGCUGAGGCUCGGCUGCUUUGGGCCAACAAGCCUGACAAAUUGCAGCAGGCCAAGGACGAGAUCUUAGAGUGGGAGUCUCGGGUGACUCAGUAUGAAAGGGACUUUGAAAGGAUUUCAACUGUGGUCCGAAAAGAAGUGAUACGGUUUGAGAAAGAAAAAUCCAAGGACUUUAAAAACCACGUGAUCAAGUACCUUGAGACACUCCUGUAUUCACAGCAGCAGGCUGGGGAGCAGUUGGGAAACAGGUCCAGAAUACUCCAAACAAAGAAGUUGCCCAGGUAUAGUAAGUUUCUCUCCACAGGAGUUUAAGCUUUUGCUGCUGCUUCCCUAUGGGACUAGAAUUUCUUUUUUUCUAUCUACCUCUGCUACGUACUCUGAGGGUCUCUUAACCUGUUUAAUUCUUAUUCCUACUUUUUUAGGGAAGGAGUUGUAAAGACAUCUCUUAUAGUAAGAGGGACAAUGGAUUCUCCUGCGAAGGAGGCAGACUUUCUUUUAUUCCUACCCUGUUUCCCUUAGCUGCCCAGGGCUCUCUCAGUCUUGCCCUCUGAUAGCAGACUUCUGUUCUGAACUUCUUUCUGCCAAGUCCCCAGUAGACCGAUUCCUGUUAAAAGUGUAAAGAGCUGAUAAGGACUUAACACUUUAUCUCCGUUGAGAACAGAGCCAGCACUCUGCCUCUAGAUCAGGUCAUCCAAGAGUUCCUAAACUUUUUGAGGUUCCAAGAAGCUUUACUCUCUGUGCCCAGGAGGUAGCAUGCCAACAACAGGGCCCGAGUGUUGUCAGCUUAGGCCAAGGGCGUUCAAAGGGGUCUCUGUCCUGGCCUGGCCAGGGAGACUGGAGUCUCACAUGCGCUGUUGCUGGGCUUCCCCUCAGCUGUGUCCACAGCUGCUUAAGCUGGCUGAUCAGAGUGGUCUGUGAAGCUGCUCUGUGGGGCAGGGUUGGCAGAUUGCCUGCCAUGGAACCUCGCCACUCCUGUCCGCCACCCCCCAGCCCCAGAGACGCCCCUUUCUGUGGGCAUUCCAGGCCUGCUCUGUUAGUUCUCUUGGGUGGGUGGUUAAGGUUUGGGGAGGGACAGCCUGAGGCAAGAGAAUGCAGUAAACAGCACUGAUUUCCAGUGCACCAGCCUGGUGGGGGCAGGGAUCCAGGGUGGGGGUGCAGUGCUGGCAAGUAUUUUUUUCAACAGUUGGGUGUUUUGUUUUGUUUUGUUUUGUUUUAGAAAAAAUCACUCAGUCUCUCCCUAUCCCCCAAUAUCUUUAUUAACACUCUUGAUUUUUUUCCUUCCAGUCUUGCGUUUGCUUUUGCACAGUUGUAAUAAUACCCACGUGAAAUAUUUUGUAUCCUUUUAUCAUUCAGCACUAUAUAUUUUGUAAGCAUUUCUUCUUUAUUGUUACAUAUCUUCACAAACUUUAUUUAGAAGGCUAUGUAAUUUUAAGGCUUCCACAGAGUGCUUGUACCAUAAUUCUGACUCAUCCCUUGUUGUUGGAUUCUUGGUUGUUUGGUAAAUUUUAAAUUUUAAUAUAAUUUAAAUCUUCUAGGAAAGUUACAGGGUAUCACGAAGAAUUCCCAUCUAGCCUCUACCCAUAUUUACCAAGUGUUUGCAUUUUACCUUAUUUGCUUUAUGAUUUAUUAUCUAUAUUUACAUAUUGUAUUUUCUGAAGCAUUUGAGAGUAAAUUGCAGACAUUGUGCCCCUUUACCCCCAGAUCUUUAGUAUACGUUUCCUUAAGAACAAGGACAUCUCUCAUAAUUUAAAACCAUAAGUAUGUUUAUCAAAAUCAGGAAGUUUGACAGUAAACUAAUACUGUUACGUAACCCAUGGUCCAUAUUUAAAUGUUGUCAGUUAUCCCAGUAGUGUCCUUUAUAGCUAUUCCCUUUUUCCUGGUUCAGGAUCAUGUGUUACCUUUAGUUGUAACGUGCGAUCACUUGUGUCUCUCUUAAUCCAGAAGAGUUUCUCAGCCUUUCUUUGCCUUUCAUUACCUUGGCAUUUUUGAAGAAUAUAGGCCAGGUAUUCUGUAGAAUAUCUCUUGACUUGGAUUGGCCUCACGGUUCCGUGUGACUAUAUUAGGGUUUUGCAAUUAGGCAGGAACAUCACAGAAGUGAUGCGUCCUCAGAGCAUUUUAAGUUGGCACAUGAUGUCGGUCCCGUUAAUGCUGAAGUUAACUCUGAUCACUUGAUUACUAUUUUCCCCUUUGUAAUUGACAAGAAUUUUGUGGGGAGGUACUUUGAGAUCAUGUAAAUACUUUGUUCCUUCUCCAGUGUGCUUUUCUGGCUCCAUAAUCUACAUUUACUGGUUGGCAUUCUACUAAAGAAAAAUAUCCUUUCUCUCUACUUAAUAAUCUACUUGUUUAUCAGUAUGCAUGAAUGGAUUCCUGUUUUACUCAAAGUGCAUUGCAAGCCCUUGCUUUGAUUUACUUUGAUUCUCAAAUCAUCCCAGAUGAUUUUUUUAACCUGUCCCCUUCAUUUUUUUUUUUUUAACACUUUUCUUACUUUCUGGCAUAAUAAAAUGUUUCAGGCCUCUCCUAUAUCUUCCUUGCCCCAGCUCUGGAAUCAGCCAUUUCUCCACAGAGUCCUGAUUUCUUUUAAUGGAGAAUUAAAUAUAUAUAGAAACCAAGAUCUGCGUGCUGAGCGUGCUCGUUGCUCCUGCGGUGUCAUUGCUUCUAGGCUUUUGGCAGAGCAGGAAAGUAAUGAAAGACAAAGAUAUAUAGCAGUAGCGAGAGAGAGAGAUGACAUAAAGAAUUAGAUAUUAGAAAGCAUGAAUUCACACAGAUCCUUACCGUCUAACCCCAUUGGGUUUAUCUAAGUCUUCUCCCUUUUCCAUACUUGUAACUCUUCUCCAAAGAAACUUAAUUGUAAAACUUUAUCCUUGCUUUGUUAUAUUCCAUCCUGUGAUCAUCUUGAUGCAAGUCUAUUAUUUCCUUGGGAUGGACUGUGGUUUCAGAACUUCCUCCUUAGCAUCUGGCACUGGAGGCUGACAGGCCUGUGCAUUUCUGUACAGAGCUUGCACACAUGGAAACUGAGAAAGCAAACAGGUUAAGGGUACUGAGCCCAAGGCCUGCACAGUGGUACAAAAGAUAGAGUCAUUCUACCUGGGGCCUCAGGAAGAAGACGUUUGUAGAGAAGAGGAUGCUUGAACUGUGGCUUAAAGGUGAAGAGGCGUUUGCCCCUUCUGCUGGGCCCAUUCUACCUCCCUGUCUCUUGACAGUGGGAGGUAGGCAUCUAGGAAAAUGUAGGUGGCUUGGUAUGGUGUGGGUCAAGUCAUUGGGCAGCCCACAGAGAGUGACAAAUAGGAACCAGAUCACACUGCUUGAUACAACUUGUGAAACACUUGGCACAAUUACCCAGAAGGGUGGGGACCCACUGAAGGGACUCAAGCAGGGAAUAACAUGUUCACAUUUGUGAUUUAGAUGCAUCAGACUGGAGGCAAGGAGAGCAGCCAUGUUCAUCCCAGCCAGCCAGAUUGCUGAGGAGGACAGAAGGGAUGGUCUCUUGGAGAGGCUCAGAAGGUGGACGUGGAACCACCGGACACCUGGUCACUGAUCUGAUGAGAGGCCUGAGGGAUGAGCUAGCCUGACUUGCAGGUUUCUGGCUGGAAUUUCGGGAUAGACAGUGAAGAAUACUUAGCAGGGAAGAUACCAUGAUCAUGAAGGUGGUUUCCCCCAGGGCGAGGCUUAUCCAUUGCACUCUGGAUGUGCUGACCCCUGCGAUUUCCCCAAAAGUGGGGAACUCGACUGCAUAAUUUGUGGUAGUGGGGGACUGCGUUCAUGCUUCCCCCUG